UGCUCGGGCAGCUGCGAGCGGUUGCGCAGCCAAAGCUGCGGAACCGGUGCCGAGCGCGGCGCCCGCAGGAGCACUGUCCCCACUCCUCAGCCGCCCGGCCCACGGCCACCCACCAUGUCCACCUUGCUGGAGAUCAAGAGCAGCGUGCUCAGGCAGGUACAGGUGUGCCCGUCCUUCCGCCGGAGGACUGAGGAGGAGCCGGCGAGCAGCAGCACCGAAGUUCAGGAGCCCGCGGCUGGGGCCUGGAAACCCGGAGAUGGUGUGGAGUUCUUCGCCCAGAUGCGCCUCAUCCUGAAGAAGGGGGAAGGCAGACAGGGCCUGCCGUGCCCCGAGGUCCUCCUGCGCAGUAGCUCCCCAGCCCCCACAGAGCCCGUGGACCCCAGCCGUGGCCUUAGAGCCCUGACCCAAGAGGAGGUGGAGAUGCUCUAUGAGGAAGCCUUGUACACAGUCCUUUACCGGGCAGGGACCAUGGGCCCCGACCAGGUGGAUGACCAGGAGGUCCUACUGAGCUACCUGCAGCAGGUGUUCGGCACCAGCCCCGAGGAACAUGCUGAGGCCAUGGAGCGUGUGAAGAAGGCCAAGGCUCCCACAUAUGCCCUGAAAGUCUCCGUCAUGCGUGCCAAGAACCUGCUGGCCAAAGACCCCAACGGUUUCAGUGACCCGUACUGCAUGCUGGGCAUCCUGCCGGCCUCAGGCACCCUGAGGGAGCCGGGCCCACACAAGGAGCAGCGCUUCAGCUUCCGCAAGGGCAGCAAGCGUGGUGGCCCACUGCCGGCCAAGUGCAUCCAGGUCACCGAGGUCAAGAGCAGCACCCUGAACCCUGUGUGGAAGGAGCACUUCCUCUUUGAGAUUGAGGAUGUCAGCACCGACCAGCUGCACCUGGACAUCUGGGAUCAUGAUGAUGACGUGUCCCUGGUGGAAGCGUGCAGGAAGCUGAAUGAAGUCAUUGGCCUAAAGGGCAUGAGCAGGUAUUUCAAACAGAUUGUCAAGUCUGCCCGCGCAAAUGGGACAGCAGGGCCCACGGAGGACCACACCGAUGACUUCCUGGGGUGCCUCAACAUACCCAUCCGGGAGGUGCCCGUGGCUGGUGAGGACCGCUGGUUCAAACUGGAACCGCGCUCCAGCGCCUCCCGCGUGCAGGGGGACUGCCAGCUGGUCCUCAAGCUGAUCACCACACAGAGGGACACGAGCAUGAGCCAGCGCGGGCGCUCGGGCUUCCUGUCCUACCUGCUGCUGCUCAGCCGUCUGCUGCAGUUCGAGCACCGAGCCGAGGAGCCCAACUCGAGCAGCUGGCGCGGUGAGCUCAGCGGGCCUGCGGCCACCGUGCUCUGCCUGCACGGCGCGCAGAGCAACCUGUCGGCGCUGCAGCUGGCUGUGCUGCACUGGCAGGUCAGCAGCCGCCACCAUCAGACUCGCACCCUGGACUACGGCUACCUGCUGGGGCUGCUAGAAGAUAUGCAGGCACACUGGGAGGAGGCAGCCUCGCUGCCCCAGGAGCAGGAGGAGGGACUGGCAGACAGCUUCUCCGCCUUCUCUGAGUUUGGACUUCGGCUGCUGCGCCAGCUCCGAGACUACUUCCCUGCCACCAACAGCACAGCCGUCUACCGCCUGGAGCUGCUGUUGAAGUGUCUUGGCAAGCUGCAGCUCUUCCAGCCUUCCUUUGAGAUCUGCCCCUUCGAGACGGAGCUAAACAUGGACAUUGCUGCUGCCCUGAAGAGAGGCAACCGUGAAUGGUUCGACAAGCUCCUGAACUCCCAGAGUCCUCGUGAGCAGCCGGGGCCACAGCGCCUUGCAGGGCUGGUCAAGCUGGCUGACGCUGUCUACGAGGACCUGCAGUCCUGCUAUGGCAUCUACGCCAGCCUCUUCCACAGCAUCAUCAAGAUCGACUUCUUCACCCUCACCUUUCGGCAGCUGGAGCGUCUGGUGGCGGAAGAGGCGUGGGUGCUGACGGAGGAGCUGAGCCCUAAGAUGACCCUCGAGGUGGCCUCAGGGCUUUUUGAGCUCUACCUGACCCUGGCAGACAUCCAGCGCUUCUGGAGCAGCAUCCCAGGCCGGGACAGCCGCUCCCUUGCCCUGGCUGGCAUCCAUGCCCCGUUCCUGCCCGCUGUGAAGCUUUGGCUGCAGGUGUUGCGGGACCAAGCCAAGUGGAGGCUUCAGGGAGCCGUGGAUGUGGACACACUGGAGCCCAUGGAUUCCUCCUCCAAGCACAGCAGCUCCGCAGCCACUGCAAGCCUCUGCUUCAGCCACAUGCAGGAGCUGUGGGCCCGCCUGGCAUGGCCAGACCCUGCCCAGGCCCAGGGGCUGGGCACCCAGCUCAGCCAGGACCUGUGUGAAGCUGCCCUCUUCUACACAGAGCUGCUGCGGAAGAAGGUGGACACUCAGCCUGGGGCAGCGGGCGAGGCAGUGAGCGAGCCACUCUGCGUGGUCCUCAACGACGUGGAGCUCCUGCGCAAGGCUGCUGACCAGGCGCUGCGUGGCCUGGUGUGGCCGGAGGGGGCUCCAGGGCUCGAGGGUGUGCUCCCGCGCCCCCUGCUCAGCUGCAUGCAGGCCCUGGAUGAGGACCUGCAGCGGGAGGCCCGAACCGUGACGGCACACCUGACCUCCAAGAUGGUGGGUGACAUCAGGAAGUACGUGCAGCACAUCAGCCUCUCACCUGACUCCAUCCAGAACGAGGAGGCCAUGGCCCCGCUCCUGAAGUACCUGGAUGAGAAGCUGGCUCUGCUGAACGCCUCACUAGUGAAGGAGAACCUGAGCAGGGUGCUGGAGGCCCUCUGGGAGCUGCUGCUACAGGCUAUUCUGCAGGCUCUGGGCGCAAACCGUGACGUGUCUGCCGACUUCUAUGGGCGCUUCCACUUCACGCUGGAGGCCCUGGUCAAUUUUUUCCACGCUGAGGGCCAGGGUUUACCCCUGGAGAGCCUGAGGGACGGAAGCUACAAGAGGCUGGAGGAGGAGCUGCGCCUGCACCAGUGCUCCACCCGGGAGUGCAUCGAGCAGUACUACUUGGACAAGCUCAAGCAGAGGUCCCUGGAGCACAACCGGUUUGGGCGCCUGAGCGUCCGCUGCCACUACGAGGCAGCCGAACAGCGGCUGGCGGUGGAGGUGCUGCACGCCGCCGACCUGCUUCCCCUGGACGCCAACGGCCUGAGCGACCCCUUUGUGAUCGUGGAGCUGGGCCCGCCGCACCUUUUCCCUCUGGUCCGCAGUCAGAGGACCCAGGUCAAGAGCCGAACGCUGCACCCCGUGUACGACGAGCUCUUCUACUUCUCCGUGCCCGCAGAGGCCUGCCGCCGCCGGGGCGCCUGCGUGCUGUUCACCGUCAUGGACCACGAUUGGCUGUCCACCAACGACUUCGCGGGGGAGGCAGCCCUGGGCCUGGGCAGCAUUGGCGGCGUCGCGAGGCCCCAGGUGGGAGGGAGCGCGAGGGCCGGGCAGCCGGUCACCCUGCACCUGCGCCGGCCCAGAGCCCAGGUGAGAUCGGCGCUUAGGAUGCUGGAGGGCCGCAACAACAAGGAGGCGCAGGAGUUUGUCAAGAGACUCAAGGAGCUGGAGAAGUACAUGGAGGCGGACCCCUGAGCCCCUGCGGCGGCCAGCCAGGCCCUCCCCAAGUCCCCGUGUUGUUCUCUCGCCGUGGUCAGCUUUGUGCAGCCGGGAUCGUGGUGCCCCUUCCCCUGCUUCAUGGUGUGCUUGCUGUGGCUGGAUUCCCUGGGCUCCCUUUUGCCCUGGCCGUGUCUCUGUGGUGUGUGCUGUGAACCCCCUGUGCCCAGUAAACCCCACCCCACUGGAUCUGGAUGGCCAACUGGGCGAGGCCUGGCCAGCAGCUGCCCCCCAAACCCUGGAGCAGAGAGAACAGGCCUGGCCGCCAGGUGAGCUUCCCGCCUUGCCUCAGGUUCCAGAGCCACAGGGCAGGAAGGCGCUGGUCUUAAAAGCAGGGCUCUCAGUGGGGCAGCCUUGCCCCCCAGGGGACAUUAGGUGCUGCCUGGAGACAUUUUUGGUAGUCAGUCACAUUUGGGGAGUGGGUGAAGGCUGUGCUAUUGGCACCAGUGGGUAGAGACCAGGCUUGACAUCCUGCCAUGAACCCUCCCCCCCCCCAACAAAGAAUGGUUCACUCCUAAAUGUCACCAGUGCUACACAGGAGAGCCCUGUCCUAAAGGAGGUUCUGUCCUCGUCUCUCCAGGGCUGGGGCAAGGCCUCACUAGGUGAAGAGGCAGGAAGGUCUGCGUUUUGAGUCUGGACAAUCCAGGCUUUGGAGGGAGAGGGUGAACAUGUGCAGUGUCCCCAUCCUUCUCCAGGGACCCUCCACCCCAGAAGGCAUGUGGAGGGUGGUUUGCCUGAGAGCUGCACAGGUCUCCAGUCCCCACCCAGCUGACAGGCCCAGGGUCUCUGGCUGAGGAUGUCACUCAAGGCUGGUCAGUGUAAGGGGCUCCAUGCCAACUGGCCAGCUAUCUGGCGUUUCUUUUCACGAACGCACGGGUGCCCACACAAGACCUACCCCGCAGCCCCAUCCCCACACCCCAGACUCUUCUAGGCAGGGUCUGCCUCACUAGAGGCUGAGGGUCCCCCCAAACCCACAGGCCAAGCGCAGAGAAGCAGAGGCUCACACAGGGAUCUCCUUGGCUUGCAGCUUCAUUGGGAGGGCUCUGAGGCAGGACCCAGAGCAAGGCCGGGUUAGAAGCACAGGGAGAAAACCCAGACAGAGUCCAGUCCUGCUGGCAGCUGCAGGGGCUGAGGCCACCAGGCCUGUGUGUGUUCCCGCAAGUUCCACUGCCAUCUCUAGAUGUCCUCGUCACUCCGCCUUGUAAAAUAUACAUGUCUGCAACUUUCA